AAACUAGGAGCAAUGCCUUCGCUUGCUACUAAAAAAAGUAACGGUAAUACUGUUCUCCUGAUCACUAUUCCAGCCAAGUUCGUAUCUUAUGCUCAUACUGCUUUGGGUUAUUGUGCAUUUUUAUUUGCCUUCUUUGUAGGAUGUUACACACAUUAUCAUAAGAUAGUAAAAAAUGAAUUUUAUGGUUAUCCUGAUGAAUGGUUUCCUAGUGUAAGCGCAACAACGGGUGACUGGUAUCCGGAACGAGCUGUUUUUCAAAUUAUCAUCGCAUUAGCUUCUGGGCCCCGAUUUAUGUUGGUAUUCUUGUGGUUUUUACUUAUUACAAAAUCUCAUCCCACUGGAUCUCUCGGUUUUGCAAAGUUUCUUUUGGUUAUUGGUCUAAUCAGAACUUUUUCAUGCGGCGGCUGGGUUUAUAUUACAUCAUCGGAUGACCAUGAUGUGCACGAUAUUGCCAUGAUUACUUAUCUUAUUUGCACUCUACCAUGGAUGCUUGGUGUACUUUCGACUACACCGCAAAUUUCUUAUAAUUCUCUAAAAUAUCGACGUUGGCUGUGUAUAGCGUUUUUUGCAACCUUAGUACCUAUGAUUUAUUUUUACAUCCAACAUAAAGUUCAUAGAAUCAAAACUGCAUAUACUUAUUAUUCAUUUUUUGAAUGGUCUCUCAUCCUUUAUGACGUUGCUUUUGAUUCUAUUACCUCAUUUGACUUUAAGAGUUUCCAAUUAGCCAUCGUAGAUGUCUCUGGCACGUCCGUAAUUGCUGAAAAUCAUGCAGGUUAUAAUAACACUGCGUAUAAAAGUUCUUUGGCAAGAUUCUUUCGUAUAUUUACCGAAAUUUUCUCAUUUGUUACUGAUAUCUACCUUGCGUUCGUUUUCUGGUCAAUGCUUACUGCUCUGGCUUUAUUAAUUUGGUAUUUCCCCUUAUGGCAUAUGGGCAUUUCGGGUUAUGAAGUUUUUUUACUUGUUACUGUAACUCCUGGUUUUUUAGCAUUCAACAUUGUGCGCAGAAUCGUUUUCAAAUAUCGUGGUUUUCUUCAUUUAUUAUCGUUGUUUGGUGUUGCGUCCUAUACAAUAAAUGAUCCUGCUUCUAGGCUCAUGGCAUCUGCAUUUGGAAUCGGUAUCAGUCUCUUAACAUGGGUUGGUACAUGGAUUGGAAAUCGUUCGGAUAAUGGUCUAUUAGAAUAUGAUAUUUCGGUUUGGAGUCUUGGACUUUUAUUGCAUAAUGUCGUUAAAAUGGCUUGGUACUCAAACAAUCCUGUUUGGCCUAUUAUGAACGAAUUUAAUGGUGGCAAGAAUGUAAUUGGAUUAUUAUUCGGCAUUUUGGCUUGUAUAGGAUUAAUUAUUCGAGAUAUAAAUUACGGAAAAAGCAAGUUAACCGAUAGACUAUCAGCAAAUAAUCUUCCAGAGAUUAGUGAAAGCUGGAUUUUUGCAUCGUUCGGUCUUGGGGCAAUAAUGUUUGGAUUGCAUUCCAUGUUUACUGAUUCUUCCACCAUCAUGCGCUGGGUCGUUGAUGGCUAUCCUAAUUACGGACCUAAUCCAGUCCCUUGGGGUGCUGUUACCAUUUUAGCGUUGGGAAUUGGUUUACUAAUAUCAACUAAUUCAAAAUUUUCAACAAGCUUGUCAUUGUACGGUGUUGGAUGCUUUUGUUGUACAAUUAUUUAUUUUAUUCCUUCCUGGAUUGGAUAUUAUGCUGGUCUUAUUCUUGGUACAUAUUUUAUGGCUAUUGUUCCAUAUUUUAUUCGGUCUGCAAUACUUCACAGUCCUGGUAGGACUAUGUUCACAGCUAUGAUGGUUUAUAAUAUUUUUUGCCUCGCACAUGUAUGGGUUGUUGCUUAUGAAUUUGUUCCUGGUGGCCCAUUAGCUCGCGAACGUACAAAUUGGAUCCUAAUAUUUAUGAUGGCAUUUAUCGGUUUAGGUGUUCGUAAUGCCUCUAGUGCUAUUAAACACUAUAAACAUACACAACUUAAAAUGAUUAGAUCUGUCAGAUAUUAUACUCGUAUGGCUGUUUUUACAAUUAUUAUUCUUAGUAUUUCUGUCGCGUUCGCUAGAUAUACAUCCGCAAAGACUCCAGUUCCAUACAGACCCGAGCAUAAAUUAUUUACCGCUGGUAUCUGGACAAUUCAUUUUACCCUUGAUAAUGAUAUGUGGUCAUCAGAAGUGCGAAUUAGAGACAUCAUUAGGGAUUUAGAACUUGAUGUCGUCGGCCUAUUAGAAUCAGAUACUCAUCGUAUUAUUAUGGGUAACAGAGAUUUGUGGCAGUACAUUUCCGAAGAUUUGGGUUACUACUUAGAUUACGGUCCAGGACCAUCCAAGCACACUUGGGGCUGUGCCAUGCUUUCCAAAUUCCCUAUAAUAAAUUCAACACAUCAUCUUUUACCUUCUCCUGUAGGCGAACUCGCUUGUGCAAUUCAUGCGACUUUGGAUGUUUAUGGUCAACAUGUUGAUUUUAUUGUUAGCCAUAAUGGACAAGAAGAAAAUCAAUUGGAUCGCGAACUACAGAGUAUUGAAUUGGCCCGAAUAAUGCGUCAAUCUUCCAAUCCGUUUGUAUUCCUGGGAUAUGUCGUAACAGAACCGUUCCAGCAUGUUUAUAAUAUCCUUUUUAAUGAUGGUCACAUAAAUGAUAUCGAUCCAUCUGAGACAGAUAGAUGGUGCGAAUAUAUUGGAUACCGUGGAUUAAAAAGAAUUGCUUUUGCACGAGUCAGUCAUGGAGCUAUCACCGAUACUGAAAUCCAAGUUGGUAAAUUCCUUGUGAUUAAUGAUCCAAAUGAUAAUUCGAUUAUCAGUAAUACACAAGUUUCAAAGAAUCAUUAUCCAGUCUCAAUGCGAUUUUCUGAAAAGUUAUAUAAUGAAGGAAUUCGUGGUCAUCGAUAUGACGAUUCCUACCCUC